AUGAUACAAACGACAUUUCAGGCCCUUAAUUUCAUUGAAGAAUGGUACUAUGCAUUCAACAUACCACUUAUUAAAAUCAGUCAACUUUAUCCUGAACUUGAUAAAGACAAAGAAACACAAGAAAUACUUUGGACAAAACAUUCUAUUGAUAUUCUACUGAAUGCAAUCGAAAAAGUAAUUGAAAACAAACAACCUAUCACUGAAGAACAACUCAUAUCUCAGAAACAAUUAAAAGAACCAUGGUCAACAAAAAUUCGACAGAAUUCUAUUAUUCACUAG